AUGGUGGAGGUUUUGUUGAGGAGUGGCGGUGAACAGACGCACCGAAGCGAAAAGUUUGGUCACGACGAUGACGUUAAUGCCGGCUGGAAGUUUUGGCGCUCGGAGCCCUAUCCAGAUGGGCUGAUUUAUGACCAGUGCCCCGACUUGGGCGAGGCGAAUUUCACUGCCAAAAUAUUGAAGCCAUGGAUCCUCCCUUCGGGGAAUGACUUUAUCAGUGACCCUGCCAAACACCAUGUGCGACCUGCUGGCAACCCCGUUGGCGAUGUUAAAUAUGUGCAGAAGACGUUCGAUGAUAGCGCGUGGGAUACGAUCGAUUUGCCGCAUGACUAG